ACUGGCAUUUGAUCUAGCUUGUGAUUUCCUACUCGGCUCCUGCAUGACAUUUCUUUUUGUUUUUUUUUGUUUUUUUGCUUUGCUGCCCAGCUGGAGGAUUGCAGAUGAGGAAGAAGAAAAAGAAAAUACUGCAGUCAAGUAUGACGACCAAAACAAAACAAAACAAAAAAUUGACGAAACAAAACAAAGUAACGGUGAAUACGAAAGAGAUGAGGGGGAACAGAUGAGGAGGAGUGGAGAGAGGGGGAACCGAGAACGGAGGAGGGCCGUGGAAAAAAGAAGCAGCCAGCAGUGAAAUAUGGUCGAGCAAUGAUCAACAAAGAGAGAGAGAAAAUAAGAGAGUGAGAGUGAGAGUGAGAA